AUGAUCACCUGCUCUACAUGGAAGAAUACUGUGAAUGCGGCCACUGGAGGAACCAGAAUACUAUUUAGCCCACAAGCCUACAAUGCUCUUACCAGUGCUGAAAUGAUAACAUCUAGAAUUAUGAUAGCUACCUUCAAUGGAAAUCCUCAGACCACUAUUAUCUCCUGCUACAGCCCCACCAACAUAAGCGAUGAAACAGAAGUCAAAAAGUUUUACCAGGAAUUGAUAUCAGUUACCAAACAAGUUUCCAAACACAAUUUAUCACAUAAACUGCGGUGUUAUACAGAGAUUUCCGGCCCUGGGAAAAGUCGUAACAACACACGUGAAAAGAUAUCGUAUUUUUUCCACGUGUGUUGAUAUAGCCAAUCAGCUGCUGACACGUCACUCGCCUUUGGCGCCCUUCGGUCAGGUUGAUGAAUGAACGGCAAAGUCUUCACGAUUCUCAAUACAAGUUGUUUGUCGGAGGGUUCUCGAAUUAUGGCGGCUAAAGCACUAAAAAAUCCGUAUCGCUGACAUACAGUGAGGUUCAAACUUUCCUAGAAGGGAAAGAAAACCAGUAUACUAAAAGAAAAACCGAAAGUUACUUAUUCAGUGGCUUUGGUGUUAGCAUUUCUCUCGGCUGAGAAUGAAAAUCGACAAUUGGAAGAUUUACCACUGGUCGAUUUUGGCCGUUUACCUGAAAGACUUCUUCCAUCGGUAAGGAUAGAGUUAGCCGGCGCCAACGCACUCUACGAUUGUUAUUCGGGGAUUGUCGAUUCAUUAAUUUUCAUUCAUUAACGAGAUCGGCUUUUCUUCUCAGUAAGAGCUCUUGUGUUUAUAUGAUAAACAAAAUAAUACAUGGUUGCUUGUAGAUAUGGAAUUUCUCUUCUCGUGUUCAACUCGACAUCCCACUCGUUAACUGCGCUCACUCGUGAGCUAUCGAUUUAAACACUCGAAGAGAAAUUCCAUAUCUACGCGCACCCAUGUAUUAUUCUUUAUUAUUGCAGGCGACUUUAAUGGACAUCUUGGACAACUUGAUGGCUUCAAAUACGCAUAUCACAUUCAAACCAACAGAAAUGGCUCCAUGCUAAAAGACUACAUCAAUGAGAACAAUCUCUUAUGUCUCACAACAAAAUACCAGAAAAGAACAGGUCAGCUAUGGACACACAAAUCACCGAACAGGAGUAAGGCACAGUUGGACUACGAGAUCAUCAAUCGGAAGUGGAAAAAUAGUGCAAAGAAUUGUAGAGCAUUUAACUCAUUUGUUAGCGUAGCGUCAGACCAUCGUGUCGUCUCCACCCAAAUACGUCCGAGUCUUCGAGAAAAUAAAAAGAAGAACAGCAAUACUUCUCCAUACGACUGGACACAUCUAAAAGACAACCCUGAAAUACGCAACACCUUAUUACCAGAGUGA